CACAUGAAAACUUUAAUUUUCACUGGCAGUUUACUCACCCCCAGAGCAGUUUCAUCCUUUUCUUGGCAACACCACCCUUAUAUGAUAGAAAUCUGUACAUUGACGGAUUAUGUUGACCGGGUGGUGUAAGCCCCUGAUCUUUCCAUCACCCACCUUGCUUGGUCGUCUGAAUCAGACAGGUUCACUUGGUCUAGUUGUUGUAAGAGCACCUCCCAUUGUCUUGUCUCCUCCUGACCAAAGAAAUGAGCCCUCAACCCAACAGUCGCUCACUAGAUUGUUUGUGUUGUAGCAGCACUCAUAUAACUUUGGGUAUUCCAAUCGUAAUGGAAAUGUCACCAACCCAAAUAUCUUCCCAGAAUAAUACCUGCCAUUGCCCAAUUUAAACGUAACCCCCCAUUUUAACUUAUCCAUGAUCCUCUGAAUCCCUUCCCAGAACCGGGAGCCCCUUUUUACCAUUUGAGAGAGAGAAUUAGAUAGUUGUUAUUCAAAUACUUAGCUCUCAACAGCUGAUAGCAAGGAUUGAGCAAGAGGGAUUCAUUCAGAGCAUUCUAGUGUUAAGAAUGCCCACACACCCCAUUGUUCUUUCGGAAGACACAUUCUUCCACUUAACCAUGUGGUAUUUGAACUUCUCGCAAUUCCUCCAAUAAAAUUGAGAUCUAACCACAUCCAUUUACUGGUGCACCCGCUCUGGUAAUAGAUACAUGCUCAUAGUAUAGAUUGGCAUGCUGCUCCACAUGGGCUAAAUUUUAUCCUUGUCACAUCGAAUGUUUUAAUACUAAUUAGGAGUAUUAAACGUAAAAUAAUGAUAAAACUAAUUGCAUAACCUCCAGAGUAGUUUUCAUUGGCAGUUUACUCACCUCCAGAGUAGUUUCAUCCUUUUCUUGGCAACACCCUUAUAUGAUAGAAAUUUGUACAUUGAGUCACUGAUUCGUGGACCCGAUCCCACGCAUCAUUAUAGGGCUCACGAUCCCAAGCAUCAGUAUCUAGGAGGACGUAGGGAAAAACUCGUCCCAUGGAUGCACGGUUGGCGCUGCUGCCGUCCAGUCACUCACUGGCAGUGGCAGCAGCGGCAAGGCAGGUCGCGUCCACAUGUCAUCCUCCUGACCGUCUCAGCUUUGUAAAUCAAACAAAGACAAGAGCAGCGGACUUGCUUAGAAGAAGAGAGAGAAUCAUCAGCAGGCCAUUUGACAAGAUCAAACCUACCUGCCCUGCUGGCUGCUGCACCUAUUUUUUGCUGCAACUCCUCCAUCUGCUAGCUUCACAAGGCGGGCAUCAGCCAUGGCCCUGCUGCGCCUCGCCGCUCAUCCCUGCUUGUCAGUCUUCGUCUUCCUCCUGCUCCUCGUCGUGCACGCGCUGGCGCAACCGCAGCCCAAUGACGCCGGCGGCUGCAACGGCAUCCUCCUCACCUACACGCUCCAGGGCCGCGACAAGAUCAGGCCCUUGGUCCCCGCGCCCGACUCCCAGCCCUACGCCUUCCGCGCCACCGCCACCCUCCGCAACUCCGGCACCCGCCCGCUCCGCUCCUGGGCGCUGCUGCUGACCUUCGUGCACGGCGAGAUCCUCGUCACCGUGGACGGCGCCGUGCUCACGUCCGGGGCCGACCUGCCCUACAACACCACGGCGGCGGACGCGGCAGCCACGUCCUUGACAGGGUACCCGCAGACGGACCUCCUCACCCCGAUCGACACGGCCGGAGACCUCGCCAAGAUACAGGCCACAGUCAACCUGGUCGGCACGCUCUUCGCAGGCCCAGAGCCGUUCCAGCCGCUCCCCUCCGCGCUCUCGCUCGCCGACCCGGCCUACGCCUGCCCGCCGGCCACCACCAACGUGUCCGCCGGCAGCUCCCUCUCCACCUGCUGCGCGCCGCUCACGCCCAACACCAGCACCAGCGCAUCGGAGGAAACCCCCCGGCGGCGCCGCGCCGGCGACCUGGUCAUCACCUACGACGUGCUCCAAGCGCACGAGACCACCUACCUGGCGCUCGUCACGCUCGACAACAACGCGCCGCUCGGCCGCCUCGACGGCUGGCAGCUGUCGUGGGCGUGGCAUCGCGGUGAGUUCAUCAGCUCCAUGAGAGGCGCCUACCCGCGGGAGGUCGGCGCGGGCGCCUGCCUCUACGGGCCCCAGGGGCGCUACUACGAGGGCAUCGACUUCUCCAAGGUGCUCAACUGCGACCGCAGGCCCGUCGUCCUGGACCUGCCGCCGUCGCGGGCCGACGACGCCGACAUCGGCCGGAUCGACCACUGCUGCCGGAACGGCACCAUCCUGCCCAAGACCAUGGACGCGGCGCACUCCAAGUCGGCGUUCCAGAUGGAGGUGUACAAGAUGCCGCCGGACCUCAACCGGACCAGACUCCACCCACCGGCAGGCUUCGAGGUCCGCGGCGCGUCGCCGCUGAACCCCGAGUACGCGUGCGGGCAGCCGAUCCCGGUGAGCCCGUCGGAGUUCCCAGACCCCAGCGGGCUGGCGUCGACGACGGUCGCCGUGGCGUCGUGGCAGGCGGUGUGCACCAUCACCACCAGGCCGGCGUCGGCGUCCAAGCCGCCCAGGUGCUGCGUGUCCUUCUCCGCGUCGUACAACGAGUCGGUGAUCCCCUGCCGGACGUGCGCGUGCGGCUGCCCCGCGAGCGCGAGGUCGACCUGCAGCACGACGGCGCCGUCGAUGCUGCUGCCGCCGUACGCGCUGCUGCUGCCGUUCGAGCGGCGGGCCAAGGAGGCGCUGACGUGGGCGGGGGAGAAGCGCUUGGGCGUGCCCAACCCGAUGCCCUGCGGCGACUCGUGCGGCGUCAGCAUCAACUGGCACCUCGCCACCGACUUCGCCGGAGGCUGGAGCGCGCGGCUCACGCUCUUCAACUGGGGCGCCGAGGACAUGCGGGACUGGUUCGCCGCCAUCGUCAUGGGCAAGGCGUACGACGGCUUCGAGCAGGCCUACUCCUUCAACGCCACCGCCGUCGGCAACCGCACCAUCUUCAUCAAGGCCAGGGAAGGCUUCAACUUCCUGCUCAGGGAGACCAACAUGAGCGGCGUCGAUUAUCCGGUGCCUGGCAAGCUGCAGUCCGUGCUCUCCUUCACCAAGAAGACGACCCCCCGCAUCGACGUCGUUGCCGGCGACGGCUUCCCGUCCAAGGUCUUCUUCAACGGCGACGAGUGCGCCAUGCCACUGAGGAUCCCGAGCCAGUCUGCCGCAAAACGUGGUGGCAUCAUCACUAUGCUGCUCUUGGGUGUGGCUACCUCAGCUCUGCUCUUGCUGCUCUAACUUCGUCUUCAACGAUUGGGCUGCGUCAUUCAGUAUUGAUGUUUUCUCCUGUUUGUUCAAAAUUC